GGGAAGCGCGGCGGCCGGAGCGGGCUCCGGAGACACCGUGAGGCGGCGCCGGCGGAAGCGGCGGCGGCGGGGCCGAGCGGGCAGCCGGAGCCGCGGCCCCCCGAGCCCGCCCGGGGCCUGCGGGAGCAGCAUGGCCGCCAGCCUGUGGAUGGGGGACCUGGAGCCAUACAUGGAUGAGAACUUCGUUUCAAGAGCCUUUGCCACUAUGGGAGAACUUGUUCUGAGUGUAAAAAUCAUCCGAAAUAGAUUGACAGGAAUUCCAGCAGGCUACUGCUUUGUAGAAUUUGCAGAUCUGGCUACUGCAGAGAAGUGUUUACACAAAAUCAAUGGAAAACCGCUUCCUGGUGCCACACCAUCAAAGCGAUUUAAACUGAACUACGCAACGUAUGGAAAGCAGCCUGAUAACAGUCCAGAAUACUCACUCUUUGUGGGAGAUCUGACCCCCGAUGUGGACGAUGGCAUGUUAUAUGAGUUUUUUGUUAAAGUUUAUCCGUCAUGUAGAGGUGGCAAAGUUGUUUUGGACCAGACUGGAGUUUCCAAAGGUUAUGGGUUUGUGAAAUUCACGGACGAGCUAGAACAGAAAAGAGCCCUGACAGAGUGCCAAGGGGCUGUGGGAUUGGGCUCUAAACCCGUACGCUUGAGUGUGGCCAUACCAAAAGCUAACCGUGUGAAGACGGUGGAGUACAAUCAGAUGUACAACUAUAAUUAUAACCAGUAUUACCAACAAUAUCAGAACUACUAUGCCCAGUGGGGAUAUGACCAGAACACAGGCAGUUAUAGCUACAGCUAUCCACAGUAUGGAUACACACAGAGCACCAUGCAGACAUAUGAAGAAGUUGGUGAGGAUGCAUUGGAAGAUCCAAUGCCUCAGAUGGACGUGACUGAAGCAAACAAACAGUUUAUGGAACAGAGUGAAGAACUCUAUGAUGCCUUGAUGGACUGUCACUGGCAGCCUUUGGACACUGUCUCUUCAGAGAUUCCAGCCAUGUUAUAGCCUCAUUGCUGAGGCUCUGUCUCUACACGACAAGCCAGCAGGCACCAGACUCCUUCACUGCACCUGGAACCUGCAGUAGUGAAGGGAUGGCCCCUCUUCCACCCCACUCUGACUCAAAGUACAGGGGGACAGUGGCAUUUCCUGUACACAAUGAGUAUUGGAGGAGGAGCAUGGUAGCUUUUAUUCAUGGUGAAAAUUAGAACUGCAACAGUUUUAUUCCUUUGGUCUUGAAAUGAACUCUUAAUACUUCUUGGGGAAUUGUAAUUUAUAAACUUUAAACAAGAUGGCACAGGGGAAAGACUUUUCUCCAAUAUACAAUAAAAAAAAAAUUGGUCUUUUAAGUAAAAUUAUCCUUUGCAUUUUG